AUGUAUCCCUCUACGAUCACGUCCCUCCUCCUCUCCUCCGGCGUCCUAUUCCUGGGGUUAACCACUGCCUUCCCGGUGGCCAUGGAAAAGGAGUGUCAGCCACGGAUCAUAUGUGUCGAUUCCAUCAAUGCCUGUGGGAUCAGAUACGGCGGCUGCUACGACGUUUGUGACCGUGCCGCCAAACCCGUCGCUCCGGCUUGCCCGAGUACUACGAAGCCUGCCAGGCCUACCCCCUCCGUCAACACCUGCAACCACACCAACCCCUCGAUCUGCUAG